UUAGGGUUGGCUCACCUGUAAAGAGCCAUGCUGAAAGUUAAACGACUGAAAACCUAUUCUAUCAUUCAUCCCAAUCUGCUCCGUCUGGUGCUGCUUACUGUUGGAUACCAUGUGUGGAGCCUGGGGCUCAACACUGAGCUUAUGGCUUUGAAGAGUUGUUAUAGCGGUUGGAGUGCUUUUAUUUUGCCCUGUUUUUCUAAAGCAGAGCGACAGGUCUGGUUUAAACGUGGAACUAGGCAGCGACUGGCAGAGGUGCUGCCUUUGUUCAUGUAAAUGCACCUUUGGCUCGCAGCAUUAGCAUUUCUUUAGCACAGGUAGGGACCGGGAUUCGCAUGUGCUAAUGCAGACCUCUAUGUGUGAAACUCUGGGCUGUUGAAUGAGGUCUCCACCUCCUUUUGAUGACUUUUAGCUUGUUUUCAAAUUAAAACCACUUCUGAUAGAGAAAUAGCCUCCAAUAAAGGUUCUAGUAGAAACAUGCAGGUUUUCAUUUGAAAGGAACUUAUGUUGGUGUAAAACUGUUUGGGGAUAAAAGGCAAAGUACCGAGGCUACAUGGUACAGGGUAUAGAACUGAAUCUGCAUUAUGCUCCCACACUAACGUCGGUGGAGACCCCAUCGUCUGACCUCGGGGGUGGUUCUAGGGCUGCGAGGGGUCGGCACUGAAGUCACGACCAGUGAAGGACCGUCGAUGGGCGGAGCUGCUUACGCGCUCACGCGACUGGAACUGGCAGGAAUAUACAACAAGGAAGCUCCUACCCCCGUUACUAAACUUGUUUAAUUUGACCAGGCUUUUUGCUGACGCACAACUAGAGUCGAUCAAAUCUUAAAGUCCCGUUGGACAUCAGAGGUCAGGACCUCUGAGCCCAUGAACCCAGAGCUAAGCCACGCAUCCGCCCGGUUCCCCUCACGCCCAUCGCUGCUCAGCUGUUUCAGAUCAGCUCGUGUCUGUCGUGCUGUCGUUUAUCUGCGUCUGGACUCGGUGAUAGGGGCUCGUCCGGCGGCGGCGGCCCGGCGUGGUGGGCGUUUGCUCAGGGUGUGGGCCGAGUCCAGUUGGCUGUGUGCAACAACGUGACAAGCAGCUCCAGUUCUGUUGUUACUUCAUUGUGCACAUGAUAACACUUUGUAGGUACUUUUCAAGCAAAUGAAAUUAUAAGUGCACUCCAGUGGAUCCUAGGAAAAUAAAGUCCCCCCUUUCCUGCUGUUGAAUCAGUUAUAUUUUUGACAAAAGUUAAAGUCUUAAGUCAUUAAUUUCUGAUCCAUGUCUUAAAGUUUGUCUCACAUCACUACAUCUCUCAUUUGUGUAGAGCUGCACAGGUUAAUUCAGCGUCAGCGUUGAGUUCAGGGGCGCUCCGUUAAGCCCAGUUGCUGCUGGGCCAGUGUGUGCUGUAGCUGUGGUUCAGGCCGGGAGACGCCUCUACGCUACUGAGGUGAUGUCAUCACACUCAUCAUGUGACGUGGGCCAGGACUGAAUGUGUGAGCGAGCGAGCGAGCGAGAAAGUGAGCCGGCGUCGGCUGCGUUUCCUCCAUAUUUGGGUCGUACAGACGGGCUUCCCUGCCGGCGUCACUGCUCUGCAUGUACAAGCAGCUGGGAGAGCCAAGCGGUCCUGCUAAGGUGGUGAAGGCAGGCAUCCCGGCCAAAGCCCGGCGUGGAGGAAAGGUCGGGGAUUUCGGCGACGCCAACAGCUGGCCCACUCCAGGGGAGAUCGCAACCAAAGACAUGCAGAUCGAGGCAGUGACACGGACCGUGUCCUGCCCGCCGACUGUCAGGCAGGUCACAGACUCGUGGAGAUCCACUGCUCCCAAGAAGCCCACGACCAAGAAGGAUCUGAAGGAGAAGCGGGAGAACAACGAGGAGAGCAAAGAGAACCUGAAGGCGAAGUCGGACGACUCUGGAGAGGAGAAGAAUGGCGACGAUGACGCCCACAAGAACGGACCCAAGAAGAAAGCAGGAAACAAGCAGAAGUGGGUCCCCCUGAUGAUCGAGGUGAAGUCCGAGGGCCCCAGGGAGCGCUCGGCCUCCAGGAACAACAGCAGGCAGAACGAAAACCCACGACUGCCCCCGAACGCCAGGAACGACCUCCGAGACUGGCACAGUCAAAAGUACGAGCGCGAGUGGAGGGACGACCACGACGAGGUGUCCAGCGUGAAGAGCGAAGGGACGCCGUUCCGCGGAGGGUUCAGAGGUCGCGGCCGGGGCAGAGGAAGAGGCCGGGGCCGAGGCAGAGGAGGAGGAAGAGGUCACUACGAUUAUCACUACAGCUACAAGUCCUACGACGUGAAGGACGGCUCCUACGGGCAGAAGUUUGGCAACGCGAUGACGUACUACUACGACAACAUGAGCAGCAACGACCUGUACUCCGUGGACCAGGACCUGCUCAAGGACUACAUCAAGAGGCAGAUUGAGUACUACUUCAGCUUGGACAACCUGGAGCGGGACUUCUUCCUGCGGAGGAAAAUGGACCAGGGGGGCUUCCUGCCCGUCGGACUCAUCGCCAGCUUCCACAGGGUCCAGGCCCUCACCACCGACGUCAGCCUCAUCCUGGAGGCUUUAAAGGACAGUAAGGAAGUGGAGGUGAUAGACAUGAAGAUCCGCCGGAAGGUGGAUCCUGAGAAGUGGCCGCUGCCGGGCCUGAACGUACCCAACCACACUCACACAGACUUCUCCCAGCUCAUCAACUGCCCCGAGUUCAUCCCCAGACAAAUGACAGAGGAGCCCACAGCAGGGUCUCACAGGGCGUCCACUCCAGAUGAGCAAGAGACCAAGACUGAAGCAGACACCUCCAACCUCAAGACGAUGCCCAAGGGCCUCUCUGCCAGCCUGCCUGACCUGGACUCUGAGUCCUGGAUUGAAGUCAAGAAGAGGCCCAGACCUUCUCCGGCCAGACCAAAGGCCCCUUCGUUGCAGCAGAAGGAGAAGGACGACUCCGUUCGCUCCCCGGUGCCUCAGCCUGGCUCCUCGCCCUCAGCUGCUACCUCAGGAAAUAAGGACGGAGCAGAGCAGGAUGAACCAGAGGAGCUGGACUUCAUGUUCGACGAGGAGCUCGAGCAAAUGGACGGACGACGCAACACCUUCACCGACUGGUCGGACGAGGACUCGGACGGAGAGAUCGACGACCACGACGUCAAUAAGAUCCUGAUCGUGACGCAGACGCCGCCGUACCUGAGGAAGCACCCGGGGGGCGACCGCACGGGCCACCACACGUCACGCGCCAAGCUGACCAGCGAACUGGCCAAGGUGAUCAACGACGGGCUCUUCUACUACGAACAGGACCUGUGGGACGACACGUACGAGCCCGAGUACGCAACCAUCAAGCAAGAGGUGGAGAAUUUCAAGAAGGUCCAUCUGAUCAGCCGGGAACAGUUUGACUGCCUGACACCCGAGCCCCCUGUUGACCCCAACCAGGAGGUUCCCCCUGGACCUCCACGACCACAGCAGAUCCCCACAGACGCUUUGGCCAACAAGCUGUUCGGGGCCCCUGAACCCACCUCCAUAGCGCGCUCUCUCCCCACUACGGUGCCUGAGUCCCCAAACUACCGCAACGCCCGGACGCCCCGGACGCCUCGCACCCCCCACCGGAAGGACGCCACCAUGACGCCGCGCUUCUACCCAGUGGUGAAGGAAAGUCGGCCUGUGGACGCCAAGACGCCUCGGAAGAGGAAGACCCGGCACAGUUCCAACCCGCCCAUGGAGUGCCACGUGGGCUGGGUGAUGGACUCCAGAGAGCAUCGCUCCCGCACGGCCUCCGUCAGCUCCAACGCCAGCCCGUCUGAGGGGACCCCUGCCCUGGGCAACGUGGGCUGCACCCCCCAGUCUCUGCCCAAGUUCCAGCACCCGUCACACGAGCUGUUGAAGGAGAACGGCUUCACACAACAUGUUUACCACAAGUACCGCCGGCGCUGCCUCAACGAACGAAAGCGUCUGGGAAUCGGACAGUCGCAGGAGAUGAACACGCUCUUUCGCUUUUGGUCGUUCUUCCUGCGAGAUCACUUUAACAGAAAGAUGUAUGAGGAGUUCAGACAGCUGGUGGUUGAGGACGGCAGAGAAGGAUACAGGUACGGCUUGGAGUGUCUAUUCAGAUACUACAGCUAUGGUCUAGAGAAGAAGUUCAGGCUGGACAUCUUCAAGGAUUUCCAGGAGGAGACAAUGAAAGACUUUGAGGCUGGCCAACUUUAUGGGCUGGAGAAGUUCUGGGCCUUCCUCAAAUACUCUAAAGCCAAACCCUUGGAGAUCGACCCCAAGCUGCAGGAAUAUCUGAGCAAGUUCAAACGCCUGGAAGACUUCAGAAUUGAUCCGCCUAUGGAGGACGGAGGCCGCAGAAGGCACUCGUCCAGCGGGGACGGCCGUCGCCGGCACCCCUCGCAGACCUCCGGCCGGCCCCACAGCCAGGCCAGCUCGGGCCCCGGAGCCGCCGCGGGGGGCGCCGCCACCCGGGAUGACGGCAAACAGCCCGGCAGCCACCGAGCCGCCGCCGCCACCGCCGAGCUCACGCCCAACGCCAAAACACUGAAGUAAAGCCACCAACGCAUCAGCCCGCACCGAUCAACGCUAGCACGUCUGCAAGUCGCCAGUUCUCUCUGCACCACAGGAGGGGGGGCUCCCAGCCCGCUACUAAGCAUGAGGACAAUAUUUUAUGUUACAAUGAUGAAAAGAAGAAAUAAUGAUUAUUGCUGAAUUUAAUUGGGUUUUGAGGAAACUGUCAAAGGACAAGGUGUUGCAUCAUUUGGUUUAGGCGCCGUCGUCUGUCCACACGCUGGCUGGUUUAGCUGUGAUCAACUACCCUGGAUUUAGAUUUUUACGUUGACCCCCCUCCCGUCACUGGGACUCCUUUGAUCAUCACUGUGCUGCUGGAUGAAACCUAUUUACCGUAAUCCCUUGCCCAGAUCUCUUAUUGAUGACUUUAUUUUUUCGGCAUGCGGUCGGUCUGUGAAGUAGACGUGGCUCACUGGGGGGUCGAGCUGCUCCCGACAUCCAACCGGACCAAAGUGGUUUUGAACUGAGCGGCGGCGGACAUUUCCAUCUACGGAGCCGGAGCGCUCUCAGCUGAGCGGCUAAAAUUAGUUUACUUUACGGCUGAACAUUGAUGGGGGAAAAGACAAAGAUGGAACCAAAUGACAAAAAAGAGGAGACCCUCAGAAUGGACAUGAUCAUUGAAAGUUGCCUUAUUUUGAUGGUUUGACUGCUUCUAACUCGUGCCCGCCACCUUAUUGUCGAUUGUACAGCAUUGAAACAGCCCAUACGUCCUGUCAUCGUUUCCUGCAGAGGCGACGAGGUGCUGCUGUGUCUGCCAGACUGUUUUCCACUCGCCUCCAUCACCUUUACUGAGCUGUCUUCCAAGUGUUAUUCAGUCUGUUACAAGUGCAGUAAUUCAUCCCUGUGUUUGCAAGUUGUGGCUUUGUGCUGAAACCACCCGCUGGACGUUUCGCUCCCCAAAAAAGAGAUCCUGAAGGAGGAGGCUCCCUGCUGGUUCCCGUUAGGUGCUUCCUGGCUCCCGCUUCCUGUGCAUCCGCCUCCCGUCAGAUGAGCUGCACCCGUCUGUUCAGGCAUCCGUUCAUGCAUCCAUCCAUCAGUGACGCUACAGUGGCUGGAACCAUCUCUCUGGAUUACUUGAAGAAGCGACAUUUACGAGGCGCCGUCGCGCUCCGUCUGCAGGUGCUCUGGUGGAGGCGCCGCCGGGGCCCAGGCGUCCGCCUCCGGCUGCAGCGUUGGGUGGAGGCGGAGGCCGGCUGGACCUCUGGGCGCUCGCCGCCUCUUCCCGUUUCACACACAUCAGUUCCAGGCAUCAACACUGACCAAGGAGGGGUCGCACGCAGGUACACGUAGCAGCGCGAGCACGUACUAGAACCACAGCUCCACGUUGGCCUCGCUGUGGAAAGACCUUCAAGACUUGCACACUCUUCUGUUCAGUCAGAGGAUAUUUAAUCCAACUAUUAUCCAACUCUUGUACUGACGACAUCCAACAGAAGGGCGAUUUUUCUUCUUCCCCACUAAUGUAAAUGUGAAUUCGAUGAAGAUGAAGAGAAAUUAUUACAGCUCCCUCCAACUUGUUUUAUUGUUUAUAGGACAGAUGAUAUAUUUGCCUUACACAAGUGUACUCUAACUUUUUUUUUAAUGUUAUGAUUAUCUUUUAAUGCUUUUUUUGUUUUUAAAUUUCAUUUUGCAGUGUUUCUAGCCAUUGUUACGAUGGAAGUUAUGGGUUUGUGUCAGGCUGUUAAAACAUCUGUGGACUUCAGAAACAGGAAUGGUUCAUGACACAAAAGGGAAAGUUGACAUCAGGGCGUCAAAAACAAAAUCCCUAAGCUUAUAGUGUUUCAUGUUGAAAUUAAAUUUGCUCAGAGCAGCAUUUCCAUCAACAAACUAUUAUGAGGCAAAUGAAUGAUAAUUUGAAUUGAAAAUCUUGAGUCUUAAUACGUGAGCUGGUUAACCACAACCCGAUUGCUGUUAUGCUACAGUUUGUCGCAGCUUUUUCUGUAGGAAAUUAAAAAAACAAUUUGGUUUGGAAGGAGCUGACGUUUUAAAUGUCACUGUAUUGGAACCUGUGCCUGUUUGUUUUAUCAUGUCAAGUCUUGUUUUGUCAGUGUGAAAAUCCUUCAGCUUCUCGGUUGAUGUUCCAGCCGAGCUUCCGUUCUCUAAAUUCAGAAUAGUUUGACACAUGAACAUGCAAAGCUGUACAUACUCCUUUUAAUUUUUCCUUGUAAUGUCUUGUUGGUUUGUUUUCAGGGAGAUUUGGAUCAGUUUUCUUACAGUUGAUCAUCAAAGUGUUUACUGGAGGUUAAAGAGCUAAAACAGAUUCAUAAAGGAAAAACUAAGCAUUUCCCAAAACCAGCAGCGCCGUAGAGCAGCUGAACUGGAGUGUGACGCGCUUCCAUGGGAACAUUGAAUAUUUCCUCCCUCUAAUGUGAUGGUCAUCCGGCACCAGACGUGCAGCCGUUUCUCAGCUGAGACCUGCUGCUAGCUGAUCGCACAGACCGCAAACACGCAGCCACACGCUGAGCUGGGGAGAGACGUAAACCAGCGCUCGGCUGGCUGCUGUCACGCUGCUCUGAGGAAUACGGCCGAUGAUAAUGUCUGGAGACCUGGGGGACAAAAUUCCAUAAAGCCAUAUGAAUAAGAAAUAACUGUAUAUGAACCAUUCAAACUGUUCAUUACAUUACAAUAUCCUAGGCUUGUCAUGAGGAAAAAAAGAUGAAAAUGAGGAAAAAAGGAACAAAAAAAUAUAUAAAAUGGAAAAAUGUAAAGUACUUGAAUGAGAUCUUGUAUUAUAACAAUUAAUAUUCAUAAUAUCUGCUUUGUAGGCUGAUGUGAUUCGCUAUUAGUGUUAUUUGUAAUUUGUAGUAAUUACGCUUUACUUUAAUAAAGAAAAAAAACACAAAACAGACAAAAAACCUCAAA